CAGAAUAAAUACACAGAGAUUGUCAUAACUUACAACAUCGAGUCACACAUUGUGAUUGUAUCAGAAGGGUUAUCGUGCACAGCCAAUGGCUGGCGAAAUGCCCGAAGAAUCUCAUAAGUGGAACACGCAGAAGGAAGACCAGAGUGGCGGAGGACUGUAGUCGUGCGCUGCGGGCGCCGCAAUGGCGGCCCGCGAGGGAGUGCGGAGCAGUGCUCGACUUAGCGGAGCGACAACAACAACAGCAGCAGCAAAUGCGGCAGCCACAUCCACAGAUCAAGAUUCUCGCGCUGCAGAAGCGGAGCGAGCUGCGGCUGCAGCUUUGCGAAAAGCGCGUGCCGUACGCGCUGCCGAGCGUGCUGCUGAGGUUGAAGAUAGUCCGCAGGUCCUGCGCGAAAAGUGCCGUCGCCUAGCUCGAGCACUUCGUGAAGCCAAACAUCUCGUGGUGUACACAGGCGCGGGCAUCAGUACAGCGGCCGAUAUCCCCGACUACCGCGGUCCGCGCGGGGUGUGGACUCGGCUGCAGCGCGGCGAGACCGUGGGUCGCGUGGAGGUGUCCCGAGCGCGGCCCACGUUCACGCACAUGGCGCUGACGGCGCUGUGGGCGCGCGGCGCGCUGAAGUUCGUCGUGUCGCAGAACUGCGACGGGCUGCACGUGCGCGCCGGCCUGCCGCGCCGCGCGCUGGCCGAGCUGCACGGCGACAUGUUCGCCGAGCGCUGCCCGGCCUGCCGCCGCGUGUACCUGCGCGCCUUCGACACCACGGAGCGCACGGCGCGCCACGCGCACGCCACGCGCCGCCUGUGCCACGCGUGCGGCCGCGAGCUGCGCGACUCCAUCGUGCACUUCGGCGAGCGCGGCCGCUCCGCCUGGCCGCUCAACUGGGCCGGCGCGCUGCGACACGCCGCGGCCGCCGACGUCGUGCUGUGCCUCGGCUCCAGCCUCAAGGUGCUCCGCCGGUACCCGAGGCUGUGGCGAAUGCAGAGCGCGCCGCACGCUCGGCCCGCGCUGUACAUCGUGAACCUGCAGUGGACGCCCAAGGACGCCGUGGCGGCGCUGAAGAUCAACGCGCGGUGUGACGCGGUGAUGAAGCAGGUGGCGCGGCGCCUGCGGCUGCGCGUGCCGCGGUACCGCGCGCGCCGCGACCCGCUGCUGGCGCACGCCGAGCCGCUGGCGCCGCCCGAGACGCACACGACGCGCCGGCCGCUGCUCAGCCGGCCCGCCGCCGCGCCGCCCGCCGACUGCGACUCCGACGACACGUCGUACUACUCGCUGUCCGCGUCUUCGUCGCCGUCGGCGUCCGACUCCGACGACGAGUUGCCUCUCCGCCGCCUCGCCGACCGCCUCCGGGACCCGCGACCGCCGCCGGCACCCACAUUGCGAUCUUUUCAGGUGAAUAUGCAGUCGGGAGAGACCACGAUACUACUUCGAGCCGAGCACGCCCCCACCGACCCCCCGCCCCCCGAACCGCCGCCCACCGCCCGCGCCACCACCGACGCGCUUCGCCGCUUCCGAAUCAGCCGACCCCACGGACCUCUCACUAUAGUCAACGGUAUCGGUCCCACGACGAAUGGGCAUCGAUUUCCAGAAUGCGAUCUCAACGGUCGAGAGCCGAAAAUAGAAGCUCCGCCCCCCGCGAAGAUCAAAAAGGAAGAAACCGAUGACGCGAAUUUAGAAAACGGAUCGUGGGACCUCGGGUGCAAACUGAGACAACUACUGGAGAUCGAGACCCGGAUCGACGGCGACGGACCGAAGUACGCCGUCGAGGCGAAGGCCAAGGCGGAGGCCGAGAGCGACGACGAGGAAGCGAACGCGAGCCUGGCGGCGGCCAUCAUCCGGCGGGCGGUGCUCGUGUGCCGCGCGCAGCUGUACUCCGGCCUGCACACCAUCAUCGCGCCCGCCGCGCCCGCGCCCGCUCCCGCGCCCGCCCCGCGCGCCGCCGGCUCGCAGGCGGAGUGCGCGUGGUGCCUGCGGCGCUACGACGCGCGGCGCUGCCUGUGGUACGGGCCGCCGCGCGCCACGCCCCCCGAGCGGCGCACGUGGCGGCGCGAGCGCGGCCGGCGCUACCUGUGCGCGUGCUGCGGGGAGGACGGGGAGGCGGCGCCGGCGCGCGGGCCGGCGGACGAGGGCGGCUGGUACGGCAAGGGGUACCGCAAGGGCCGGCGGCGGCGCCGGUAGCGCGCAGCGGGCGUCGCCCGCCGGCCGCGCCUCGCUCGGCGGCGGUGUGGCGUGUGAUCACAGUUGACGACCAUUGAGACUGCAUUGUAACACUGACGAAUUGAGUACUUUGUAAAUAGCUCGUAUUUGUAGAAGUAUGAUUGUCAAUGUGAGAGUUGAUUCCUGUAUUUAUUUUUCUAUGAACAUUUAAAAACGCAUUCGAUUUUUGGUCUCCGAAACAUCGGCGAUAUUGCAUGAUGUGUUAUAUUUAAAGAUGUACUGUAACAUUACUCGCCUUAAUUUAUUAGCUGCUUAUGUCACGAGAGACUUGUAAAAUCAGUGUGAUCAGUGUGUCAAAUGUAUGUUACCCGAGUCAUAAGAAUGUACGGAAUCAUCGGUCAAUAGAAGGUCAAUCUUUGUGAUGCGUGCUCACGGUGUAUACCGUGUUAUUAGACGGUUUUUUCUACUUAACAAUGCAAUGUACAAAUCGUGCCAACGAACUCUGUUACUGUUACAUUUCUCAUUGAAUUCUGUGAUUUUGCAUUCUUAUGUCGACGGUGUCUCGUGACGGUGACGUGUACAGUUUAGGUUAACUGAGCGUGACUGUCGCCACUCACAACUUUUACUGUCGAACAAUGAAUGAAACAAAUUAGUUGAUAAGAUUUAAACGUAAGUAAAUCAUGAGGAAUA